AUGGCUGACUUAAAAAGGCAAGAAGAUGAACUGAAACAUUUCCGAAUCGCGAAUGAGCUAGCUGCUACCGAUGCCGACAUCGAGGCAGUCGCUAAAGUUGAGUCAAAUUACAGCAUUGCGUUGAACCUCAAGAACAUAUCGAAGUUGCCAGAUGACGACAACUCCGGAGAACGAGUAAAGCAGUGUCUGGAAUCUCAGCAUACCAUCAACAAUAACGGCCUAAGCACACUUCCAGUUGACAUAGAUAUCUGUGGAUCCAUAGUCAGCAAACUCUAGCUACAGGCAUAAAUUCAAAAGAUCAAGUGACACCUGGCAACGAUUUAAAUCCUUUAUCUCCUCCCAUCCCAACGACACAUCCGAGCUUUAUACUACCCACUCCUCCGCUAGCUGUAUCGCAAGGAGAAAUGUCAAAAGAAUCACUCCCCGUUUCUACGAUCACGAGAGAUACGUCGCCUCACGUCUCUGCCGGGUACAAUGCAAAUGCCAAUGGAGAUUCAUUAACAAGACUGGCGGACCCGCUCGCACAACGACAAGAUUACGAUUCGCUCCCACGUCCUCAGCCCGAUGUCUUCAGUGGUGAUAUACUUCAAUAUCCAAUUUGGAUCAAGGCCUUCGAGACUUUAAUCGAAAGAAAAACGAAUCAACCAUCCGAAAGACUUUAUUAUCUCGGAAAGUACACAUCUGGGGAAGCGAAAGAAGCAGUAAGUGGUCUCUUACCCUUGGACACAGAAACAGCCUACGCGAAAGCCAAGAAAAUCCUAGUGAACAGGUUUGGUAAUUCCUUCCUCGCCUCGAAUGUGUAUCAAAAGAAACUGGAGAAUUGGCCAAAGAUUGCGUUGAAUGAUGGUCCAGGUCUCAGAAGAUAUUCAGAUUUUCUCCAACACUGCUGUACCGCGAUGGACAAAAUAAACUGCCUGAACGUCUUGGAUGAUCCGGAAGAAAAUCGAAAGAUGCUAAGUAAACUCCCGAACUAUCUUGUGAACAGAUGGGGGCGUAUUGUAGACGAUCGGAUUGGAGAAGACGUUAACGAACGAAGUGAUGACGAAGAUGAAGUUGGAAUGCCACAAAAGACCGAGGGAAGAAACUAUCCUUCAUUCAAGGAAUUCUCCCGGUUUCUGAAGAAAGAAGCCUGGAUUGCAUGUAACCCUGUGAUCUCUCAAUGCUUUCUCAAAGGAGAAUCAAAGAAGAAAGAAGUGAAAGAGUCGAAUCAUAAACAAUCCCGUUAUAGAAACGUUGGUGUCAACAGUUUUGUGUCGCAAACAGAAGAUUUCUCUCCUACUCUUGAAGAAAGUCUAAUGAAGCCAAGGAAUGACGUAAAGAAACUAAUUUGCAUAUUCUGUAAAGAGAUGCACAAAUAG